AUGGCCAGGAUCACCCCCAUCGAGGCGGUGACUAAGAUCCAGGUUCUGCAGCAGCAAGCCCAUGAGGCAGAGGAGAGGGCCGAGUGCCUGCAGCGGGGAGUAGAGGGGGAAAGGCGGGCCCGGGAGCAGGCUGAGGCUGAGGUGGCCUCCUUGAACCGUAGGAUCCAGCUGGCUGAAGAGGAGCUGGACCGUGCCCAGGAGCGUCUGGCCACUGCCCUGCAAAAGCUGGAGGAAGCGGAGAAAGCUGCUGAUGAGAGUGAGAGAGGUAUGAAGGUUAUUGAGAAGCAAGCCUUAAAAGAUGAAGAAAAGAUGGAACUCCAGGAAAUCCAACUCAAAAAGGCCAAGCACAUUGCAGAAGAGGCAGACCAGGAGUAUGAAGAGGUGGCUAGGAGGUUGGUGAUCCUUGAGGGGGGCUUGGAACGUACAGAGGAACGAGCUGAGCUGGCAGAGUCCCGUUGCCGAGAGAUGGAUGAGCAGAUCAGGCUGAUGGACCAGCACCUGAAGUGUCUGAGUCCUGCUGAGGAAAAGUACUCUCAAAAGGCAGACACAUAUGAGGAAGAGAUAAGGAUUCUCACGGAUAAACUCAAGGAGGCAGAGACCCGUGCUGAGUUUGCUGAGAGAGAAGUAGCCAAGCUGGAGAAGACAAUUGAUGAUUUGGAAGACAAGCUGGAAUGCACCAAAGAGGAGCACCUGUGUACACCAAGGAUGCUGGACCAGACUCUGCUUGACCUCAGUCCCACGUGCCGCCGCUCCUCCCUCUGA